CAAGGAUCUGUACAAGGAGGCCAUGAUGGAGGAGCACCAGCCUCUUGUAUCACAGGUUGGAUCCCGUAGGAGAAAUCCACCAGAGAGAUAUCCCCGUCUUCUGUAUUCCCAGAACUCUCCAGAGGAGAAUGUCCCAGAGAAUCCUCAGAUGAGAAAUCAGGGAGAAGAUAUGACUGAUAUUAAAGUGGAGGAUGAAGAAGAGAAGAUGAUGGGCGAUCCCCCGUGUAAGAGUGAGGUGGAGGAGGACAUUCCAGGAGAUGUCACCACAGAGGAUCCCAAUAAGAAUUCUGAGGAUGUCAUGUUAUCACUAAAUUAUAAUGUAGAAGGUAAAGAUAUCACGCCACGCCCUUCAGGAGGAAAUCUCAUUACUCUUAAUUUAUAUCCAGGACUUCACAGCAAAGAUCUGUCAUAUAAUCCCUCUAAUUAUGAGGAACCUUCUCCUGACCAAUCAAAAAUGAUCACAAGUGCAGGCCAGAAAGGGGGUAAAUGUUUUCAUCGUGGUAAAGAGUUCACAAAAAGUUCAGGUCUUUCUACACACAAAAUGACUCGCACAGGGAGGAAGCCAUUCUCCUGUUCAGAAUGUGGUAAGUGCUUUACAGAUGAAUCCCAUCUUGCUACACAUGAGAAAAGUCACACAGGGGAGAAACCAUAUUCAUGUCCAGAAUGUGGGAAAUGUUUUACAGAUAAAUCAAGUCUUGUUAGACAUGAGAAAAUUCACAAAGGAGAGAAGCCAUAUUCAUGUUCAGAAUGUGGGAAAUGUUUUACACAGAAAUCAUAUCUUGUUACACAUCAGAGAAGUCACACAGGAGAGAAGCCGUAUUCAUGUUCAGAAUGUGGGAAAUGUUUUGCAGAUAAAUCACAUCUUGUUACACAUCAGAGAAGUCACACAGGAGUGAAACCGUAUUCAUGUUCAGAAUGUAGGAAAUGUUUUGCCCAGAAAUCAACUUUAGUUAUACAUGAGAGAAGUCACACAGGGGAGAAACCAUAUUCAUGUUCAGAAUGUGGGAAAUGUUUUGCAGAUAAAACACAUCUUGUUACACAUGAGAGAAUUCACACAGGACAGAAGCCGUAUUCAUGUUCAGAAUGUGGAAAAUGUUUCACACGAAAAUCACAUCUUGUUUUACACAAGAGAAGUCACACAGGAGAGAAGCCAUAUUCAUGUUCAGAAUGUAGGAAAUGUUUUACAACAAAAUCAUAUCUUGUUACACACGAGAGAAGUCACAAAGGAGAGAAGCCAUAUUCAUGUUCAGAAUGUGGAAAAUGUUUCACACGAAAAUCACAUCUUGUUUUACACGAGAGAAGUCACAAAGGAGAGAAGCCAUGUUCAUGU